AUGACGGACGAGUCCACAGAUAUCGGAACUGUGAAAAAUUCCUGCGUGGCGAUUCGCUUUUAUGACAAAGAUUCAGGUUGUAUUGAAAGCUGUUGUUUGAAAAUGAAAAUGUCAAGAAGAGGCUUACGAGAUGAAGAAAUCGAACGAUUAUUGUGUGAAAUUCCAUCAGACGAGGAUUCCACUGUUGACACCACAGAUGACGAAUCUGAUUAUGAAGCAAGCAUUGUUGCGGAGGCUAUUGUGUCGUCUGAAGGCGAAGUUUCAGAGAGCGAGGAAGAAAGUGAGUCCACUCCGCCAAAACGCGCUGCUGACACAGCGCCAACUUGGGGACAACAAUUCAAUGCUACCUCAGGAAUGCAGUUCGACAGUGAAUCAGGACCAAGUGCUUUUAUUAGGGACAUUGAUGAUCCAGAACCUAUCGAUAUAUUCGAAAAAAUAUUUCCAAAAGAGCUAGUUGAGCUAAUCGUUUUCCAAACAAAUUUAUAUGCGACGCAAUCUGGCAAGUCUUUCACUCCAACAACUGACAAUGAAAUACGAACUUUCCUGGGAAUCAACAUUUUGAUGGGUAUAAAGCGUAUGCCAGCAUACAGAGACUACUGGUCUAGUGCCCCAGAACUUCAUGAUCGUUAUAUUGCAUCUCUGAUGGCAGUAAAUCGGUUUGGAUGGUUACUGAGGAACAUUCAUCUGAAUGAUAACACAUUGCAUCCAGAAAAAGGACACCCAGGUUAUGACAAACUGUACAAGCUGCGACCAGUGAUCAAGAUACUAUCUGAAUCUUUUUCCAAGUGUUACCAACCCAGCAAACACCUAGCAAUUGAUGAGUCAAUGAUCAAAUUCAAAGGCCGCAACAGUAUGAAACAAUACAUGAGAGAUAAACCCAUAAAGCGUGGUUACAAAGUGUGGAUGCUGUGUGACAAGACCUCUUACAACUUGAAAUUUGAUAUUUACACCGGAAAAGUAGGUGACACAGUGCAAACAGGCCUUGGGGAGCAUGUAGUGCUGAGAGACCCAGUACUUGCAAAGCCGCCAUUAUUGGCGGACAAAACAAGAGCAGCCGUUUCUGAAAAGUACAGGGCGAAUGCAGCUGCCCUCAGAAAUGCCAUCGCUACUGCACCAGUAACACCUAAGCCCAACCAGGAGUAG